UCCACCAUUAAUAUUAUUAAGAGAAGUAGAGAAGAUCAUCAUCACCCUUCUUGAAAGAAAGACAAGUUUUAGAAAUGAGAACUCUGUUUGUAACAAGUGGUUGUGUUUCUUCUUCUAUAUCUUCAACAUUUUCUGUUCCAUUAGCAGCAUUUGUUAUUGUUUCAUGCUUUCUGUUCCAAAUCAACCAAGCCCUCAUCACUCAACCUAAGAACAACUUCUCGGUUCCUGCUAUAUUUGGCUUUGGAGAUUCAAUUAUAGACCCAGGCAAUAAUAAUAAUCUUCUGACGGUGGUGAAGUGCAACUUCCAUCCCUAUGGCAAGGACUUCAUGGGAGGGAUCCCCACUGGAAGGUUUUGCAAUGGAAAGGUCCCCACUGAUUUCUUUGUUGAAGAGUUGGGAAUUAAGGAGCUUUUGCCUGCAUAUCUCAACCCAACCUUGGGACCUCAAGACCUCCUUACAGGCGUAAGCUUUGCCUCCGGUGCUGCUGGGUUUGAUCCACUCACAUCUGAAUUAGCGUCAGUGUUGUCAUUGUCGGAUCAAUUGAAGUUGUUCGAGAAAUACAAAGAGAAGCUGAUGAUGAUCGCUGGAGAAGAGAGAACAAGGACUAUCAUAACAAAGAGCUCAUAUAUGUUAUGCGCAGGGAGUGACGACAUCGCGAAUACGUAUUUUCCUACUCCUUUUAGGAAAAACUAUGACAUCCCUUCUUAUACUGAUCUCAUGCUUCGUUAUGCUUCAAGUUUCAUUCAGGAUCUGUAUAAUUUGGGGGCAAGAAGGAUCGCCAUUCUGGACAUCCCACCUAUAGGGUGUGUACCAUCGCAGAGAUCCAUAGCAGGAGGGAAAGAAAGAAUGUGUGCAGAGAAAUACAACCAGGCGGCCUUGCUCUUCAACUCUAAGCUAUCUUCCCUGAUCGACUCCCUCAACAAGAAGCUCCCACAGUCUAAUAUUGUCUUUGUGGAUAUCUACAAACCCCUACUUGAUAUCAUCCAAAACCCUAAUUCCUAUGGAUUUGAGGAGGUGAAAGAUGGAUGCUGUGGCACUGGAAAAAUUGAGGUUUCAAUACUAUGCAAUGAGUUGGUCCCUGUGACUUGCCCAGAUGACUCCAAGUUUCUAUUUUGGGAUAGCUAUCAUCCCACUGAGACUGGUUACCGAGUACUCACCACCAUGAUCAUCAAAGAAUACAUCAAUCGCAUCUAAAUUCUACUGUCUUGCCAUCAUCUAGCUUACCCCAUUUAUCUGGGUUUUAUCUUUAUAUUACGUUUGAUCUUAUUAUUAUUGUUUAGUCCUCCUAAUUCCCUCUUUUGAUCCCCCCACCUGAUCGGGUCGCACAAAUAUUAUUGUAUUACAUUAUAGUAAAAUAUCAAGUGUUGAUUAUGCAUUAUGAACACGGGCAAAGUCCUCUUUUUAUAGA